UUUUUUGUCGAUCUGAGUGGGAGGAUUCGGGAUUUCGGCCAAGAUGUGACAGCAGUGAAACGUUGUGCGAGUAAAGUAACAAUUACCGAAAGUCGGAGAAAGGAGCGUCUGCAAUGGCGGCAGAGUACUCAGAUCUGGAGAAGGCCAUCAACACUCUGGUCACAAAGUUUCAUGAUGCCUCUGCUGAUAAGGGGCCCUCACUUAAGACAGAUGAAUUCAAGAAUCUUCUUUCCUCUCAGCUGCCUAACCUUGUGAAGACCACAGGGUCCGAUGCAGGCAUUGGGGAAGUGAUGAAGGUCAUGGGCGUGAAGGAUGGAGAAAGCAUAACCUUCAGGCAGUUCUGGACCCUCAUCCAAAGCUUGGCCACCAACCAGUUUAGCCUGCUCAGCCAUGAAAAGGUGUCCAAAUGCACCUGCCUUCUACUCUGAGCCCUUGUGACGUCAACUGCAGACAAGGUUGAGCUGGAGGGCCGUCUCUGGGAUCAUCACAGCAACGAAUACUUAAACUCUCCUUUGCUCUACAUGUAACCGCUCCCCCCAUAACACUAACCCCUCCCCCAACCUUUCUUUCAGUGGAAAAUUUCCCUGAUAAAAUGUUUGCCACAAAAACUCAGUUCUCUCUUACAGUGAAAUGCUGUGUAGAAAUGAGCCAUUUUAGAAAUCUCAAGCCCUAUAACUAACUAAAACUGCACAAUGACAAUGAAAUGACAAUGAAUUGUGGUGAACUGUUAUACAAUGAUUGUCUGGGUUUUUUUCCCUAGAACUUUUCAGUGGGAUCAACAAUCUGUCUUAACAUAAGGUCCUGCCUUUUUAAGAUGAUGGUGGUCAAAAUGCUUCACUUCAUUUAACAUCACUAGUAAUGUCAUGUUUAAUGUGUCUGUGUUUAAUAACACAAGCCUUUAUCUUCAUGUUUUCUUGUUUUAAAGUACGAGUGCCCUUUAAGUCUCUAAAACAAUGAUACUUCCUCAGAGGUAUUGUCUUGACAUUAUUUUUUCAUAUUUAUGUUUUGUAAUCCUAAUUUUUUGGCCACAAAACACAUUAAUAUCCUGCAAUUUCUAAAGUAAUUAAAAGAAGAAAAAAAGCA